AACAUAGACAGAGUAGCCUUUGAAAUCGAUGCAACAAAAGACGCGUGUCCUUCUCCUUCUCCUUCUCCUUCUCCUUCUCCACAUGACUCUCUCCUUUGAGUUUGACUCCUUCCAAUUAUAACCUCACAACAAGCUACGCUAUAUUCACCUUUCACUGUAAACCCUCAAAAACUAAAACAAACUCGUUUUUAGUUUUCUUUUCACAGUUAAACCCCUUUUUUCCGCUCCUCCUUCGAAGAAAAUUCAAUUCAACAAACACCAGAUUUCUAUUUUCCAAUUUCACUUCUAACAAAUUCCCCUGGAAUUUCAACUUUGACAAAUUUUCCACCACCACCAGAUUCAAUUUUCCAUCCAACUUUACAAAUAUCACUGUUUGGCGUGGUGGGGUUUCGCAUUUAUCCAAGGAAAAUUCACAACCUGUUCUUAUAUGGAUCAACAGGAUGAAGCGAUUGCAAAGAGUGCGAACUCGUUGAGUUUCCCUGCCCUGAAAACCCACAGGGCGUGCCUCGAAAUCAGGCUCUUCUACGUUCGAAUCUCGCCUUGCGUUGUUGACAGCGUCCCUGACUACCUCACCCUCUGCCAUCCUCACCGCGAGAUCGGCGUUUCCAUUGUAAUCAACGGUUCCGCCGUACCGGGUUCCAAGGCGCCGUCGCCGCUUACCCUGCGGCGGGACCGCGUUGACAAGGAGUCGGCGGAGGUUACGUAUGUCAGCACCGACAGCGUGCGCCUCACUGGAGGUGCGGAGUUUGAGGUGUAUGAGAAGGAGGGGUUGUUCCUCUGUGGGUCGUUGGAGCGGUUGGAUGCUGAUUGGGGAAGUGGGUCGGGGUGGACUAUGGAUUGUCAUCUGGCGACCGGGUCGAUUGGGUCGGGUUCGUCGGCGUUCUUCCGGCCGAAGCUUGGGGUAUCGGCGCCGUCGAUAGAGGUUUAUGUUGCCGGGUGUUGUUCGGGGGUGCCGGUGAUUUUGAGCAAGACCAUUCAGAUGAGCCCCAGGAGGAGAGUACCCAGGCAUUUCACGCUGGAUGCUAUUCCUGAAGAUGAGGAGAUGAUGACGGAGAAGGAGAAUGGUGUCCGGAACGGAUUGAUUCCGCUUCCAAAAUUGCAGAUAACAGAGUCAGAAAUUGAUGAUGAUUAUGAUUCUGAUGGGAAGAUGGGGCAUGUUUUCUACUCUCAAGAGAUGUACCCCGGUGAGGAUGGACAGCUAACGUGGUUCAAUGCUGGUGUUAGAGUCGGUGUCGGAAUUGGCCUUGGGAUGUGCGUGGGGAUUGGGAUCGGUGUUGGACUGCUCAUGCGUUCAUACCAAACGACAACCAGGAAUUUCAGGAGGAAAUUUUUCUAAUGAGCUCAAGGAAUUUGCUAAUUGCUAAUCCACCUUUAUGAGAAGCGCAAGAAAAUAUAUUGGAGUUGGAUAAAGGUUGGGACAUUCCUGAAGGAGGAAUUGAGAAACCAAAGUAUAAAUAGCAGCUUGAAUGCAUGAAGCAUAAGUUUUGUAGAUGUUGUUUUAUAGUUUUGUUAUAGAGUUGAAGAUCAAUUUGCAUUCAUGCUAGUUGUAUCUGAUCCUCCUACACGAUAGAUAUCAAUAAGAGAUAGAGACACAAUGAGGAUGUGGUGUGCCAGCAGGAACUUGUCUUCCAUAAGCUUGCGAUAGAGGUAUUGACUCUGAACAUGUAUUGAGAAUUUUACUGUUUGUUGGCUUGUAGAUAUUGUCAUUUGAUACAAAUUUUGAUACGUAUAUAUAUUUAUGUUCGUAUGGUAAAUGAAUGUCAUUUUCAGUUUGA